AUUUUAAAUAAGGUAUGAUGAUAUUUAUGCAGGUAGAGAGAAUUAUACCGUUAUUUGAACUUUAUCUAGUGAAUAAUUAGCAAUUUCAUAUGCAUGAAAAACAUGCGUCAUGCGUCUUAUGCAGUUUGCGGAAACUUACAACAAAUUGUAAUUUGUCAUCAGGUAGCUAUAAACGGGCUAAUUCAUAGCAAAUUUUAAACCUUCACCAGUACUCCAGUAGUAGCCAGAUGAGUAUAUCUAACAAAACCAGUGCUUCCAUUGAAAAUAUAAAUGGACACAAAACAUGUAAUGCAGAAGAAAUUCAAAUACCUGUACCAUGGGGUCACAUACACGGCAAAUGGUGGGGACCAGUGGAUGAACAACCGAUAGUGGCAUUACAUGGCUGGCAAGAUAAUGCUGGAACAUUUGAUCAAUUGCUUCCAUUAUUACCAUCAAAUAUAUCAAUACUUUGUUUGGAUAUGCCUGGUCAUGGUUUAUCUUCCCAUUAUCCAAAGAGUCAGUACUAUUAUGUUUACUGGGAUGGUAUCAUACUACUACGUAGAAUUGUCAAAUAUUUCAAAUGGAAUAAGGUAAAAUUACUUGGACAUUCCUUGGGAGGAGCUAUAUCAUUUUUAUAUGCUGCAUCAUAUCCUGAUGAAGUAGAUUUCAUGAUAAGUUUAGACAUUGCAAGCCCCAGUGUAAAAGACAUAAUAAAAUGUCCUGAUGUAACUGGAGAUACAAUUGAUAAAUUUUUGAAGUAUGAAUUGCUGCAACCUGAUAGUGUUCCAUCCUACACUUAUGAGGAAGUGCUUGAUAUUGUAGAAGAUGCAUAUAAUGGCUCUAUAACUAAAGAAGGUGCAAUAACGUUAAUGAAACGUGGUUUGCGACCUUCUUCUGAGCCUGAGCGAUAUCAUUUUGCACGCGAUCCGCGAUUGAAGGUAACAUUUCAUUUGCUAAUAAACAUAGAUUAUAAAUAUAUAUAAUGCCGUUAUCUUAAUAUUCGUGCUGUGCCUGGAAUGAAAUUUGAAAUUCCCGAAGCGUACGAAAAAGUUUUAGAUCAAAUAAAAAUAGGUGCUGAAAAAUUUGAAUAUCACGAAGUAGAAGGAACUCAUCAUGUGCACUUAAACAAUCCCGAAAGGGUUGCUCCUAUAAUUAACAAUUUUAUAAGUACUUAAUGAUAAAGAUGUUUAGAUAUAAACCAUGAAAGUAAAUGGCAAUUAUUAAACUAGAAACAAUUAGUCUUGU